AUGCAGUGGCCUAAUAACAAAGAUUAUGAUGCCUAUUUGUCAUAUACCAAAGUGGAUCCUGACCAAUGGAAUCAGGAAACUGGGGAAGAAGAACGAUUUGCUCUUGAGAUCUUACCAGAUAUGCUUGAAAAGCAUUAUGGGUACAAACUAUUCAUUCCUGAUAGAGAUUUAAUUCCAACUGGAACCUACAUAGAAGACGUGGCAAGAUGUGUAGACCAAAGCAAGCGACUGAUAAUUGUCAUGACUCCAAAUUAUGUGGUCAGAAGAGGCUGGAGCAUCUUUGAAUUGGAAACCAGACUUAGGAACAUGCUCAUUACAGGAGAAAUUAAAGUGAUCCUCAUUGAGUGCAGUGAAUUGCGAGGAAUUAUGAACUACCAGGAAGUUGAGGCACUGAAACAUACCAUCAAACUUUUAACUGUCAUUAAAUGGCAUGGACCAAAAUGCAACAAGUUGAAUUCCAAAUUCUGGAAACGUUUACAGUAUGAAAUGCCUUUUAAGAGGAUAGAACCUAUUACCCAUGAGCAGGUUUUAGAUGUUAGUGAGCAGGGGCCCUUUGGGGAAUUGCAGACAGUCUCAGCAAUUUCAAUGGCUGCUGCUACCUCCACUGCUCUUGCCACUGCCCACCCAGAUUUGCGUUCCACUUUUCAUAACACAUACCAUUCACAGAUGCGACAGAAACACUAUUAUCAAAGCUAUGAAUAUGACGUACCUCCUACUGGCACUCUGCCUCUUACCUCAAUAGGUAACCAGCAUACUUAUUGCAAUAUCCCAAUGACACUUAUUAAUGGACAGAGACCACAGACAAAAACUAACCAAGAGCAGAAUCCUGAUGAGGCUCAUACAAACAGUGCAAUCCUGCCCCUCUUACCACGGGAAACUAGUAUUUCCAGUGUCAUUUGGUGACAUCGGUGCAAGGUGGAAGUCAGCUCCCUUGAUCAGAAGCAAGGUCUGCAGUCUGGUGCCUGGAACUACAUCCUCGACUGCUGCUGUUAAACAUGCAUUACAAUAUAUGAAAUAUGAGGAAAAACAGGGUCUUGUACAUAUGUUUUGGAAAUUUCUUUGUCGCAUCAGUCUUCCUGUUUUACCCAUGUCUUUACCAUCCACAUGUUGAUUUUGUUUUAUAUGUCAUUAAGAUGUGUAUAUUUACAUUUUUUUUUAAAAAAAGAGAAAUGAAGAGUGCUAUAUAGAUAGGGUUAUUGUUUUUUUCUUCAUUAGUAUAAUUUGAGCGUGUGUGUGCAUUUUAAACAUUUUUGGGGGAAAGCUUGGACAAAACUGUUUUUAAUCUAGAAGCAGUAUCCAUUUUUUGGUCUGCCUAGGCCAAUACGCAGAGUCAUGCUUGCAGCAAUUCACCAUUGUCUGUUUGUGUGUGUGCGUGUGCGAGUGCGCGUGCGCAUGUGCGGUGUGCACAUGGGUGCCUAUUGAGGUAAGUGUGAAAUCACUUGCUCUUGGGAGGUCCCACAAAUGUUUCAUAAUCUUUUCUUCAUGUUUUUAUCACACUGCUACACUCUGCCCUUUUCCCAUCACUUUUUUAAAGCAGCACACUGAGUGAAAUUAAAGAUGGUCUAAUUGUCUAAUAUUUCACAUAGUAAAUAGUUGUGAACAACAACAAUGAAAAACCCUGUAUUACUUGCUUCACAAUAACCACUAUAACCACUAUGGAAUCUAUAGAAAGAAUAAUAGAUUUUUCUGUUUGAUUUUAUGAGUUGUUUAUAUUCAUUUUAUAUAGAAAUAACAUGCCAACUCUAAUUCAUUCACUUCCUCGGAAAUUGUUGGAUUUGUUUGCUUGCUUGAAAUCAAUGGUUUCUUUUCUUGUUUACAUUCUUCAAAUGAGAUUAUUGACAUCUGCCAAGGAAGUAAGGCAGUAGGCACUGAAGAGCAGCAUUAAAUCCUGCAGAGAUUUCCUGGCUGGCUUCCAAACCAAACUAUAAUAGAAGGACAAUAUCUAAAAUGGUCUGUCACAUUGUAUUCCAUAAAAUGCUGUCUUUUAAGAACUAUGGAACAUACUUUUUCAACCAAGUUUGAAACAUAUGUAUAUUCAAGUUUGAUCAUCACCUUUUCUUUUCAUUGAUACAUUCAGAAUUUAGCAUUCUUUAUUAUUCAUUAUUAUCUUUUCUUAAGCUUGUAAUAACACUACAUUUUUUUAAAUUCCAAGGUUGUUUAAAGGAGAUCUCAGGAGGUUGCAAAAAGUAAAUACCAACAAACAUCAAUAUUUUAUAAAAUAUUAAUAUUUAAAUCAGAAGGUGAAAUGUUGGAAAUAAUGUUAUUGAAUAAAAUAAACUAGUUUUAUUUUAAAUGUAUUAUUUCAUCUUUAAAGAGUUAAAGAAAAAACAUGUAUUUUGGCUUUGCAAUUGUUUUAUGCAUAAAUCUAAGGACUGAACUUUGCCUAUUUGGAUUCAAUAAGAAUUUGUCAUAAAUAUUAACACAUUUAACUCCUCAUUCACCUACUGUUAGCAGAAUGACCACUACUAUUCAUAUUUCCACCUAUCAAUGUAAUAGCCACCUAUAAGAAGGCAGCCAACAAUAGAUUAUAUGAUUACUAUAGCACUAGACUAAUAGAGCAUAUUUCUUAUAACAUAAACUGAUGUAGUAGAUUACUGAUAUUAAUUAAUAUGCUAGAGGAGAAUACAGCAUAUUUUAAUGUUGCAUUAAAAUGCAACAAUUUAACAGCAACAAUCACGUGAAACUGCAGAUCUUUUUCUUCAUUGGAAAGAAAAGGAAAGAGUUUUCUACAUAGUUAAUAAGACAUAGCCAAAAUAAUGGGUGUGUUGUGUGUUUAUUUAGACUGCCAUCAUAAAAAGGCCUAUAUUUUGGGUCAAAUAAGAUGUUACCAAUUAAUUUUAAGCUAAAAUCUAGAUAUUUGGGUUCCAUUGGUACACGAAAAAUUACUGGUAUUAUGGUGUAGAUAGUCAAGCAAACACUUGAAAGCUGAAUUAGGAUGUAUAGGAUUUUUUUUUGACAUAAUUUAACUAACACUAUUCAUUUCUGUGACUGUUCACUCAAGUCCUUUUCUAGUAGUUUGCUAUUUUCCUUCAACACACACACACAAAAGAAAAAAAUGUGGACAUAGGCCAAAUAAACACACUAAGCAUAAAAUGCUGUCAAGUAGGAUGUGAAAAUUCACAUUCUUUAAAAGUUCAUUCUUUGAAGAUUUAAAAUAGUUAUUACUGGCUAUAAACACCUGCGAGGCACUAGUGGAAUUAAUCACUUUUGAUAAGAUUCCAAAUAGCUAACAAAAGAUGCAACAGCUUUUCCUUUAAAAUUUUUAGUCUUACAUUUGAUUUGUGAAGUAAUGUAAAGCAUUGCAAUCUGACAAUAGUCACACUGUAGAGUCUAGCUGGAUGGUAUUCUUUGAUUUUUUUUUCCUCACAAGGAACACUUUAUUCUCUGUUUUUAAAGUAGAUUGAAGCACUUUGAAUAGCAUGAUUCAGGGAUUAAUAGAUACUAUUUGAUAUUCAUGCUACUUAAAGAUUUUCUUAUAAUGCUUUGUCAUAUUAUUCAGAAAGGAAUGACAGAAUUGGUUAGGGGAAAAAACACAAAACAAAUGAAAAAAAGUCAUUAAUGGUUUGAGAAACAUUCCACCUAAGUCAUUCCUUUUCUAUAAACAGCUCUGUUUGAGAAACAGUAAAGGAUCUGUCAUAUGUUCAAAAUGCAUACUUAAUGUUUGACUAAAGUUCUGUUAGAACACAAAAUAAAAAGAAAAAAAUGCCCUAA